AUGUACAAAUAUGAUGCUUUCAUUUCUCAUGCUGAUGAGGACAGAGAUUUUGUGAUAAGUAAAAUGUUACCAAUGCUAGAGAGUAAAGGGAACCUAAAGUUAUGUCUUCACUUCCGGGACUUUGUUCCUGGAUAUGAUAUCGCAGAAAAUAUAUCUACCGCAAUUAAUCAAAGUCGAUACACUGUGUUCGUGCUCUCGCCAGAAUUUGUAAAAUCGUAUUGGUGUAUGUUUGAAUUAAGAAUGGCGCAAAUGGAAAGUUUCUAUGAAAGAGCAGGAGAAGAGAUGUUGUUUGUCGUUCUUUACAAAGUUUUAUCUCAUCCCCAAAUACCGCUACAUCUUCGUGAAUUGAUGGAUAAAAAAUCUUACAUUGAGUAUCCAAAGGAUGAUCCAGAGGAAAAAGAUUUUUGGAGCAACAUCCAUUCUACUUUGAAUGGAUCCGGAGAUACUGUAACAUCAGUCUGA